CGGGAUUUCGAUUGAUUUUCGAGAAACAGGAGAUUGGAGAGGGUGAAAGGAUCGAGGGUGACACGUAUUGGAGAACGCUGAAGAUGCAAUCGGCAGGCGCGUCGCGUACGCCGGGUUCUCCAACGCGUUCCUCUUGCCACGAGCGCGAUCGCGAGCAUGAGAGAGAACGAGAGCAGGAACGAGAUCGCGAACGUGAACGCGGCGUAAGGCAGAGCCGGAUGAGUCCUGUAGAAGAUCGAGAGGAUCGCGAAGAGCGGAGUACGAUCGCGAGGCAGAAUCUUGGACCUCCUGCUGCAAUCUCGGGAAGUCAAGGAUUGCCGUUAUCUUUAUCGCUGGAGGAUCGAGACCUCUGGACCAGAUUUCAGUGCAUCACGAAUGAGAUGAUUGUCACGAAAAAUGGAAGGAGGAUGUUUCCCGUGGUGAAGGUCGUUGCACGUGGUUUGGAACCAGCGGCCAUGUAUACCCUGCUACUGGAAUUUGUACAAGUCGAUCCACAUAGGUGGAAAUACGUCAAUGGUGAAUGGGUACCAGGAGGGAAAGCAGAAGUAGCCCCGCCUAAUCCGAUUUACAUACAUCCAGAAAGUCCAAAUUUUGGAGCCCAUUGGAUGAAAGAAGCAGUAUCAUUUGCUAAGGUUAAACUAACAAAUAAGUCAAAUGGUAAUGGACAAAUCAUGCUAAACUCGUUACACAAGUACGAGCCACGUGUUCAUUUAGUCCGAGUGGGUGCCGAAGAACAGAGAACAGUUCUCACCUAUCGUUUUCCCGAAACGCAAUUCAUCGCGGUGACAGCCUAUCAGAAUGAAGAAGUUACAAGUCUAAAAAUUAAAUAUAAUCCUUUUGCGAAGGCGUUUCUCGAUGCCAAAGAGAGACCUGCCGAUUCACAAACUUAUCCACAAUAUGCAGGUGCAUUGUUUCUUCCACAGCCUACAAUGGGAUAUGAAUACAAUACUGCAUCGGCAAUAGCCGCCGCACAAAAUCAGGUAUCGGCUUGUGUUAGCAAUCAUUUCUCUAAUUCGUGCACUGUUACCACAUCUGGACACAGAAGUAAUUGCAGAGCAGCACCUUACACAUUGAGACAUAAGUAUGUCCAAGACGAACAACACGCGGAUGCGUAUGCGCCAAUGCCGCUUUUGCACUCGACGGCUUACGUGACAGCUCCGGCUUGGUCACCGCGAAGUCCGGAAUCGCUGCAGAAUCUCAAUUCCGCGUGCUUGCCAUCGGCUGCGUCGCAAGAAUGGCCGACGUCGCCGUCGCCGUCGCCAACAUCAUCUACGCACACGGUCCUCGGCAGAGCGGUAGUUGGUACCGUGUCUACUACGACUACCGUAACGGGCUGUACUCUGUACGUGCCGUCAAAUUUACCGUCUCAGGAACAGCAUGGCGCACACUGCACCGAUUCCUGGAUACACUCCAGUACGCUGGAGCAACAACAGCAACAGCAACAGCAGCACCAGCAGCAACAGCAAUCCUACUUGAACUUGAACCUUCAUUUGCAUCACCAGAUGUCCCCAUAUGGUUCCGUGUCGCACACGGGAUUACAUCACGCCAGUUUACAUCCGCAGUGUGGGGAAUCCGUUCCUUCCGCAGACGCGAACGAGUACAUUCACGAGUACCAUCACGCCUCGCCAGUGCAAUCGACUACUCCAGAUCAGCAUCGUCAGCAACAGCAUCACCCCCAAGCGCAGAUGUUACACUUGCAGACAUUGCCGCAAACGGAAACAUCUUCACCCGUCAGCGUAGACUAUGACAGUCCGUCUAAAGAACAUCCCCAUAUACAGAUGGGUUAUCCCGAACAAACCACAGAUGCUUUGAACGAGGUGCAGCCAGAUGAUGAAAGACGAUAUUUGACCACGGUUGUCGACCGUCACCCUCAUCAUCAUCCACAUCAUCAUCAUAACCAUCAUCGACAGGACACGGAAAUCACUGGCGAGCAACCGAACGCUUGGACGCCACUGACACCACCGCCGGCGCCGCAGACUACCGCCAUUUGACUCGGAUUUGUAUACUGGAAAUUAUGCACAAAUAUUACACAUACGCGAAAAUGCACGUCCGGGCUCAUUAUUGUGUAUAAGAUUAUUAAUACAAAUACGUCGUAGCAAUAUCUAUUUGAUGAUGCGAUCAAAUCAAUACUAAAUAUAUUAAAUACGGUGAUUAAUCAAGAAAACUUCAAUUGUAUAUGAUAAAUAUUAAAAUAAUUCCAAUUUUGUCAGUCCGUCCUGAAUAGUAUAGUAUUUAGAUUAUUUUUAAUCAGUCGUGAAUAAAGCAUAAUUAGAGAGACAAGAUACUAUAGAUCAAUAAGUUAUAUCAAGUGUAUGUCAUAGAAAAAUAAAAUCAAA